CACACACACACACAGAGGGGGGAAGAAUUGCACAGCUGCAACUUUAAGACUCCACACGCCUCCCCUCCGCCAGCUCCGACAAUGGUCUUUUCCAGCUCCGCUUAUCACAGCAGAAUUUGUAACAUGCCAUAAUUUCUCCGCCGGUGUGUGUACAGCCCCGGAAAUCAAAUGUCAUUACCCGACGCGGCUAAUUUGGCGAUUAUUCCUGCUCUUUUGCUUUUGGACAAUGCCAGCGGCGGGGAGCAGCCGCACCUUCCCGAUCGGAUCCUCGGCGUCGCUGCUUGUUUGCACUGAAGAAGCCUCCUAGGAUUGUCCGCUCGCUUGAUGGUAUAGCUCGCAGAGACUGCAGUUGUCAUUGAUCCGCUGCCAGAGCCUGCACUCAUAGUAGAAGGACUAAAAUCGCCAGGAUGAUGUGCGAGGUGAUGCCCACCAUCAGCGAGGACACGGCGCUGAGUCAGCGUGGCUCUCAGAGCAGCGCCUCGGACCCGGACUCCCACUUUGAGCAGCUGAUGGUCAACAUGCUGGACGAGAGGGACCGGCUGCUGGACACGCUGAGGGAGACCCAGGAGAGCCUCGGCCUGGCUCAGCAGCACCUGCAGGACGUCAUCUAUGACCGUGACUCUCUGCAGCGCCAGCUCAGCUCCGCCCUGCCACAGGAGUUCGCUGCACUGACCAAGGAGCUGAACGCCUGCAGGGAGCAGCUGCUGGAGAAGGAGGAGGAGAUCUCUGAGCUCAAAGCUGAGAGGAACAACACCAGGCUACUGUUGGAGCAUCUGGAGUGCCUGGUGUCCAGACACGAGCGGUCACUUCGUAUGACGGUGGUCAAGCGGCAGGCUCAGUCUCCCUCGGGGGUCUCCAGUGAAGUCGAGGUCCUCAAAGCGCUCAAGUCCCUGUUUGAACACCAUAAAGCCCUAGAUGAGAAGGUAAGAGAGAGACUACGGGUGUCACUGGAGAGGGUGUCCGCCUUGGAGGAGGAGCUUACAGCAGCCAAUCAGGAGAUCGUGGCCUUACGGGAACAAAAUGCUCACAUUCAGAGAAAAGUGGCUUCUGGGGACGGAGGAGAGGACAUCCUGGAGGGCAGUGAAGCUCAGCAGAAGGUCCACGGCAAGCGUCUGUCCAAUGGCUCUCUGGAGUCGGCCCACGAGGCGAGCCAAGUGGUGGAGCUGCAGGACCUGCUGGAGAAGCAGAACUACGAGCUGGCCCAGAUGAAGGAGCGCAUGUCCUCCCUCUCCUCCCGGGUCUCCGAGGUGGAGCAGGAGCUGGAGACCGCCCGGAAGGACCUCAUCAAGUCGGAGGAGAUGAACAACAAGUACCAGAGGGACAUCAAAGAGGCCAUGUGUCAGAAAGAGGACAUGGAGGAACGGAUUGUAACAUUGGAAAAACGCUACCUGAGCGCCCAGCGAGAGUCCACCUCUGUGCACGACAUCAACGACAAACUGGAGAACGAGUUGGCCAAUAAGGAAGCGUUCCUGCGACAGAUGGAGGAGAAGAACAGGCAGCUACAGGAGAGGCUGGAGCUCGCAGAGCAGAAGCUCCAGCAGACCAUGAGGAAGGCCGAAACGCUGCCGGAGGUAGAGGCUGAACUGGCCCAAAGGAUAGCAGCCCUCACCAAGGCGGAAGAGCGUCACGGGAGCAUUGAGGAGCGAAUGAGGCACUUGGAAUGCCAGCUGGAGGAGAAGAACCAGGAGCUGCUACGGGCUCGACAGAGGGAAAAGAUGAACGAGGAGCACAACAAGCGUCUGUCAGACACGGUGGACAGACUCCUCACAGAGUCCAAUGAGCGUCUUCAGCUCCACCUGAAGGAGCGGAUGGCAGCUCUAGAAGAGAAGAAUUUGUUAAUCCAAGACUCGGAAGGCUACAGAAAACAGUACGAAGAUUCACUCCAUGAAAAAACACAUCUGGCGGAGGAGAUUGAGAAACUGAGAUCAGAGCUGGACCAAUUCAGAUUGAGGGCAGGCUCCCUCACAGAACCCACCCUGUCACGGUCUCAUCUGGACACAUCAGCUGAGCUCCGAUUUUCGUUGGGAUCUCUGGCUGAAACACAGUCGGACCACUACCGCUCAGCCAAGGUCAUCAGGCGGCCAAGGAGAGGUCGAAUGGGUCUGCGUGAAACCAAGGCUAAAUCGCUCGGGGAGCAUGAAUGGCGCUCGCAGCAGCUCGGGGUUCUGGGAGGCCACCACUUCGAGAGCGACACGGAGAUGUCCGACAUCGAUGACGAUGACAGGGAAACGUUGUUCAGCUCCAUGGACCUGCUUUCACCCAGCGGCCACUCUGAUGCACAAACUCUGGCCAUGAUGCUGCAGGAGCAGCUGGAUGCAAUCAACAAGGAGAUUAGGCUGAUCCAGGAGGAGAAGGAGUCGACGGAGCUGCGGGCGGAGGAGAUUGAAAACCGGGUGGCCAGCGUCAGCCUUGAGGGCCUCAACCUGGCUCGAAUGCACCACCACGGAGCCUCCAUCACUGCCUCAGCCACCGCCUCCUCCUUGGCCUCCUCCUCCCCGCCCAGCGGACACUCCACCCCUAAACUUGAUCCUCGAAGCCCUGCCCGUGAUAUGGAGCGCAUGGGGGUCAUGACACUGCCCAGUGAUCUGAGGAAACACAGGAGAAAGAUAGCAGCGGUGGACGAGGACGGCCGCGAGGACAAGGCCACCAUCAAGUGUGAGACGUCCCCGCCUCCGACACCACGCACCGUCCGAAUGACACACACACUGCCAGCCUCUUCGCACAACGACGCACGAGGGAUCGUGGCCUCUCUGGAAGCUGAGGCCAGCGCACUGAGUAGUGUAGCCAGCAGCCAAGACUCCCUCCACAAGCAGCCAAAGAAGAAGGGCAUCAAGUCCUCCAUCGGACGACUCUUUGGAAAGAAGGAGAAAGGCAGACUGGCACAUCUGGCACACAGACAGGUCAUGGUAGAUCCACAAGCGACCCUGAUGGACCCGGACAUGGCGGGCCAGGACAUGGGGGUGGGCAAGCUGGGAACUCAGGCCGAGAAGGACCGCAGGUUGAAAAAGAAACACGAGCUAUUGGAGGAGGCCAGGAGAAAGGGUUUGCCUUUCGCCCAGUGGGACGGUCCCACUGUUGUAGCCUGGCUGGAGCUGUGGUUGGGAAUGCCGGCGUGGUACGUGGCGGCGUGUCGCGCCAACGUGAAGAGCGGAGCCAUCAUGUCGGCGCUGUCUGACACUGAGAUCCAGAGGGAGAUCGGUAUCAGUAACCCUCUGCACCGCCUCAAGCUUCGCCUGGCCAUCCAGGAAAUGGUCUCCCUCACCAGCCCGUCGGCCCCGCCCACCUCCAGAACCCCGUCAGGCAAUGUAUGGGUGACCCAUGAGGAGAUGGAGACCAUGGCAGCCCCUUCCAAAACGAAGUCAGACUCUGAGGAGGGGAGCUGGGCACAGACUCUAGCUUACGGCGACAUGAACCACGAAUGGAUAGGAAACGAGUGGCUGCCCAGUCUAGGACUACCUCAGUACCGCAGCUACUUCAUGGAGUGCCUGGUGGACGCACGCAUGCUGGACCACCUCACCAAGAAGGACCUGAGGGUGCACCUCAAAAUGGUGGACAGCUUCCACAGAACAAGUUUACAGUAUGGCAUCAUGGGUCUGAAGAAGCUCAACUAUGACAGGAAGGAGCUGGAGAGACGCAGAGAGCACAGCCAGCACGAAAUGAGAGACGUGCUGGUGUGGAGUAAUGAGCGGGUCAUCCGCUGGGUGCAGAGCAUAGGCCUGAGGGACUACGCCAACAUCCUGCUAGAGAGCGGUGUACAUGGAGCUCUGGUCGCUUUGGAUGACAACUUUGACUACAGCAGUCUGGCGCUGCUCCUCCAGAUCCCCAACCAAAACACUCAGGCACGUCAGAUUCUGGAGCGAGAGUACAAUAAUCUGCUGGCGCUGGGCACCGACAGGAGACUGGAUGAGUGUGACGACAAAGACUUCAGAGGUCCGUCGUGGCGGAGGCAGUUCCCGCCCCGGGACGUUCACGGUAUAAGUAUGAUGCCCGGGUCUGCAGAGACGCUCCCGGCUGGAUUCCGUCUCACCGCCACGUCUGGUCACUCCCGGAGGUUGCCCCCUGAGGUCGGACCCUCUGCAGUGCAGCGGCUGGACAGCUCCACGGUACAGUUCUAAAAGGAGAUUAACUAGUGGAGCUGCUGGACAGGCCAACCUGCCGAGGAACAAACCAUUCUGACGACACGCACUGCCAAGAAGCCCUGCUCUCCUCUCUGACCCCCCCCCAACCCUCCUCUUCCUCCUCCUUCCCCUCCCUUCCUAAUAUGGGCACCAGAUGCCGGUGCUAAACUGUCCUGCAGGCUGCCCCGUUGUCACCAUUUCUACCUUUUACAUGUACAGUAACUUGUCGAAGCAUAACGUACUGUGUAUUUCUUCUACAGGAGAUGUGUAGGUUAUCUGUAAAUAAAUAUGCCAUUUUUUAAUAUAUACACACAUCUAUGUAUAAAAAGAUAUUCAGAGUUUGUGCAAAAAAAAAACGUCCCUGCCACCUCAUUUAGUGGACCAUAGAUUAAUAUAUGCUGCUCUUUAAACUGUCUCCAUAUUACCCCGCCCUCUCUAGAUCAUUUUGUACAUAUGGUUUUAUUUUUUCAUUGUGCUGAUGAUGAUGAUGAUGAUAAACCUGUGCUGCACCAUAGAGAGGACGAGACUGGAUGUUGUGUGAAAACCUGCCCUCUAGUGGUGUCCAAAAAAACCACCCUGAGCCCCAACAAACUCCAUUAUCCUUUCUUAUGGACUCGCUGUCAUAACAGGAGCGUUUUAAGGGGACAUGUCGGCGCACUGGAACGACAUGACAAGCACUUUGAUACAACCGCAUCAACUCAACGGACUAUUUAGUAGCCAAGGACGAAAACAAAGAGACGCCAUUGCUCUCCGAAGUCGCACAAAACAACUUCUCAGAGAACAAAAAAGCAGGACGUCAUUCAUAGAACCUGUCACUUGUUGUACUGUAUGUUUUGUCAGGCGAUACAUUAACACAAAAAGGACAACUACACACUCAGCCGAGCUGGCCUUCUCCCCCGACCCCUCAGACACUUAAACAGAACAGAUGAAAUAACUGAAAGACAGACCGCUUUAGCUCAUAGUGUGCGUAGAGUGUAUAUGACCAUGUUGAAGUGAGGUGACAUUUAAUGACAAACCUGUUGCUUGCUGUGACUUACAUUGGUGUAACUGUUAACUCUUUGUUUCCGUCAGAGUUUCCAGGGUAACCUAUUGUACAGCCCUGUUAUCUGUCUUUUAGUUAUUUCUGAUGGACGACUCAAACAAGUCUUACGCUUUUGAUUUGUUUUUACAUCUUCAAUUUGCACGAACAAUGAGUCAUUUUAUUUUGUGUCCAUUUUUUUAUUUAUUACUUCUUGUACUUUGGUCAAAACUAAGUGGUGAGCAAGCAAAUUUUCAUUGUCAAUAAAAAAAAACUACUGUCAGUGAAUGGGUGGUCUUCAUUAUUUUUCAUUAAAAAUUCAAACUGUUAACGGCACCAGGGCAACAUUUUGUACAUUGGUUGUAACUUGGCCCUGCUUAUCAAUUGUAAAUGUACAAAGCCUGUAGUUAAAUACAGUUUCACAGUAUUAUUCAGAUUACAUACAUAAAAAUUGACUGUUCAUUUCAUUAUUACAGACGGAAACAUUAGCCCUGUAAGAAGUACUGACAUCAAUGUUUCUCUCUAGCUUGACUUAGAAGAAAAAUAAUCACAAAUUUUACUUCUACUUUUAGUUCAUAUUGGCGACCCCCAUUUCAUAGUAAAAGCACACUCCUUGUUGAGAGAGUUUUAGUUUGUGUUGACGGAAUGUAUCCAACCUCAGUUUCUUCUGGUCAUCCAACAGGUAAGUUCAGCCUCCGCGAGGUCUCAGGGUUUUUUCAACCUGUCUCUCAAUGUCCUUGAAAACUUCUGGGUCCUCGAUAGUUGGAGUAACCUGUAGGGGAGAAAUAACUUACUUUGCGUCAUUGAAAAAACCAUAGAAAAGCACAAAAUGUCAACAAGACCCUAUCAUUAUUAAAGUAUGUCAUAGAAUACUAUGCAAAAAAAUGUCAUACCAAUAAAAACGCCCAAGUAUAGUUUGUCGAAGAAAGUAAUAACGUCAUAGUAUAGUAUGUCGAAAAAAAUGAUAAAAACGCCACAGUAUAGUAUGUCAGAAAAAGUGAUAACAACUCAUAGUAUAGUAUGUCAGAAAAAAUGAUGAAAACGUCAUAGUA